AUGUCAAAUUUUGCACCUUCUCAAAAAUUAUCAGACUUAUUCAAGCAUGAAGGGAGAUCUAAUUCAAUGCACUCCUUCUAUAAUAAUAGAUCAUCGUGUUAUUCGACAUUAAAUUUGAAUAGUUCGUUGCUGAAUGGAUGGGAUUCUCAAAAUCACCAACCUGUAUCGAUAUUAACAUCGAAUCGAAGCGACAUCAAAUAGAUCAAUAUGCCUUCAUCUCAACAAGAUAUUACCAAUGAAAUAGUAUCAUCUCAACAUGACAGGAGAUCGUCAACGCAUGUGUUUGUCCAUUCUGGAUUGGAUGCCUAUGAAAAGUACCAGAGUCAGCCAAGGAGAGAUAUGAAGAUAUAGCCGAAUUUCAGAUAGGAAUUGUUGCAUGAAGUAGUGAAGAUCGAAAAACCAUUUUACAUCACCAGAGUGGAGGAGAUCGAAAGAUAUUGGAAAGCCAAGGAGAUAAUGCUCCUUAGACAAAAAGGUCAAUUGGAAUUCGAAGUUAAGUUUCAAGCCCAAUAAGCCAAUAAAAAACCAGUGAUUCUAAAGGUAGAACCAUUGCAAAAAAUAGCAGAGAUGGAGGUUGAAAUAUAGUAAUUAGAAAUAUUAUUAAAGAACAAGAAUAAGACGCUUAAUGAAUUGAAAUGGGAUAGCGAGGAAUUAGAUGUUAAGUAUGACAAAUUAAUGGAUUAAGACAAUGAUACACAGUUUCUCAAAUAUGAAAAAUAGCUAAAGAACAUUCAACAAUCCUUUAAGGAUUUAAAUAGGAGGUUUCAUGAAACUGAGGAAUAAAUUACAAUGAAAGAAAAUGAGAUCGAAUCUCGAAAGAAAUAAAUAUAACGAAAAUCAUCAAUAAUUAUGCCAUCAAAUCUCAGGAACUCUAUGACCGACUCUAAAUUUAAAUAGAGAACCUCUUUUAAGAGAUAAAGUAUAAACUCUGGAACCAUGAGUCCUACUCGAGUUACCUUCUCAUAAAAAAGUUAGCCCUCUGAAGAGUGCAUUAAAUUCAAACAUUGA